GGCCCGGUAUCCCAGCGACUCUUCUGUCAAAUAAUGUCAGUGGAAGCCAAUUUAAAUACACCCAUCAAAGUGCAGUUCCCAAAUGUUAGGCGAUCUGGAGAGCUUCGAGAAGACCCUGCCAGCGGAAAGUGCAGCCACAGGUGAAUGGGAAACGAGCGCUGUCCAGGAAAAUCCCAUGGAAAUGGCCCGGAAAAUUCGCCGGGGAAAGGGCAGACUGUGCAUGAUCUUUCGACUGGGAGAGCGUCCGCGCUGCGAGUUCACCAACGGAUUUCCCCCUGAGGAUCCAAAUGCAAGGGCAGAUAGAAGCCGGUCCGAAUAGCAUAAAUAUAUAUUUUUUAUAAAUGGA